CCCGGACCACGCCCGCGCCUUGAGUUGAGUAUGGUUAUGGCACUUCUCUGUUGGGCUGGUGGUGGGUGUAUGUCGUCUAGGCUGACUUUUGACUUUCGCCCCCGUUCUGCAGACUUGCUUUUGGCAGAGUUCGAGGGUUUCCAAUUGGGGAGCGAGCCCACCGCCCGUCUGCGGAAUAACGUGGCCUCCAAACUGGCGAGGGUCAAGGCCUUCCUAGGCUUCAUGGCGACAGGCCACGCGGACCCAGAAACCUUGUCCUUCCUCAACCAACCGGCGCGCAUCCGAGCCUGGUCUGCCCUGCUAGGCCAAACGGGCAUGGCCGAGCCCACGAGGCAGCACUACCUGAAGAACGUGGCGCAGUUCCUGGAUUAUCUCUCCGAAACCCCGCCGGCCUCCUGCCGCCUCUCCAGUACCACCCUGGUGCUGAUUCGCAGGGAGCUUCGAGCUCUCAUUCGCGGCAUACGCCGCCGCGUCGUGGUGCACGAGGUUAGGACCAAGCAAGCCAAAGAAGGCAGACUCAUCUCCAAAGCCACCCUGCUACGCUGCCAUCGGACGGCUGGGAGAAAAAUACCUGCCCUUCUAGACGGCCUCGAGUCCAGCCCAGACACCAGGCAGCAGUGGCGCUUCUAUGGCUACCUGACCGGCUACCUGACCUGCAUCACGGGCCAUCGCUGUGGGGUCUUCCAGAACCUGACCAUCCAGGAGGUCCAAGAGGCUUCCAGAAGCCCGGACGAGUCCGCCUAUGUCAUAAACAUCACCACGCACAAGACAAACCGAGCCUUCGGCGCGGCUCAGCUGUCUCUCAACAAGGAAGAAUACAGCUGGUUCCGGAGGUUUUUGCAGCUGCGGGCUAGCCUCCCCGGGGGGAGCCAGGCCUCCUAUUUUUUUUUUACUUCCAGACCCAGUCCCUGUCGAACCCUGAACAAAUAUUUUCAAUCUGCAUGGACCAGCAUGGGGCUUCCCGGCAAGCCCACCUUCACUGACGUCCGAACUGCCAUCGCGACCCACGCAAAGAAUUCACAUUCUUCCGAGGAUCGCAGGAAGGUGGCCCAAUUCAUGUGCCACGAUACCUCAACCUCAGACAAGUUCUACGCGCUUCACCUAGGCCCUCUCCAAGCACGUGAGCACCGCAGACUCUUCGAGAGGGCCUUGGUGGAGGAGGAGGAGGAGGAGGAGGAGGAGGAGGCAGCGGGCAGAGAACGCCACUCAAGGAAGGGGCGCCAGAGGGCAGAGAGUCCCGGGUCACCCAUGGAGGGAACUAGCAGGAGGACGCUGCCAUGGCCGCCUUCGAAGGGGAAACGCCCCCUCGAAGCAACAGAAGACUCUGAAUCUUCCUAAAUAAAAAUUGAACAAUAAAGGUCAUAUGGUGUUCAGUGUCUUUAUCUGUGAUUGAUAAAAAAUAGCUUCGAAUGGGACAAAUGAUCCCUAUCUCCUCUGUUAGAAGUGUCGCGUGGGACGCCCGCGUCCAGGUUCAGCCUUUGCUAAGUCCCAAUUGGGACAAAUGAUCCCUGUCUCCUCUGGUAAAAGUGUCGCGUGGGACACCCGCGUCCAGGUUCAGCCUUGGUUGAAAGCCCAUCGGGACAAAUGAUCCCUUUUUAAACACAAAGUGGUGCCAGGCUGGACGAGACUGUCCAGGUCUGCGCCGGCGUUGAAUGGCCAUAUGGCCCAUGGUCCAACUCUGGGUAUUUGCAGGUGUCUCCCGGGACGGCUCGGUCCUUUGGGCUGCAUAAAGAGGUCGG